AUGGCUCCCAUCAAGCGCUCUCGGGUGGACAAGGCACGGCAGUAUCUCGCUGGCGGCGCCGUAUUCCGCGAAGACUCAGAUGAUGAGCUUGGAUAUGAAGACCACCCAUGGGAAUGGAUCUACCACGACAAUGGCGCCGAAGAUGCACAGCCUGAUGCGAAUGCAACACCACGGAAGCGGAAAGCGGCACCUGAAUUGCUAGGAAAGCACAUAGUGGGCGCCCGCAUGGGCAGUUUCAAAUGCAAAGUGGGCGAUGCCGUCCUGCUCAAGGCAGAGGGUAACCAAGCCUGGGUCGGCAUCAUCUGUGACUUCUUCGAAGACGUCGACGAGGGCGAGAAGAUGGCCAAGUUUCUCUGGUUCUUCUCGGAACAAGAGAUUCGAAACCAGAGCAAAAAGCGCACCGACUUUCUCCCUAAUGAGCUCUAUAUAUCCGCCGCCUUUGAUGAGAACCCGCUCGCCUCAAUCAACGGCACAGCCAAGAUUGUCUCCCUGGAACGCUUCCAGGAACUAUACCCUACAGGCGUGAAAAAGUCGUCCAAGGAUUACGGCAAGAUUUUUGUCUGCCGGAGAGGCUGCAACACACGCACAACUACGUAUACAUCCGAGUUCAUAUGGGAGCAUGUAUACAAUACCGCCGACGAUAUUCAGUCACUGGUCCAUCUGGUACAGAGCCAGACCAAAGCGACGCGAAGGGGUCCUGGUCGGCCCAAAAAGCAGCAGCAGCAGCACAAAGACCUGGAUGAAUUCGUGAUUCCAGAUUCGACGGAGCAAGACGAGCCUGAGACCCCGCGGAAGCGCCGGAAACUCAAAGAUGCAACUACGCCUACCUCGUCAAGGAAGAGCCCCGCGGUGCGCAAGUUCCUCACUCCGUCGCAUAAGAGAAUCAACGUAUCACGAACAAACAUGUGCACAGAAGUUGAGGAGAUGAUGGAUAUAUUUCAUGUCCGUACAAAUUGUGGCCCAGGCUCGCACUGGCACUGA